AGAGAUGGAGGGGGAUUCCGGCAAGAAGACGGAGAGCGAGUCCGGGAAGGGGACGGAGAUGGAGGGGGGACUCGGGAAGGAGACGGAGAGCGAGUCCGGGAAGGAAACGAAGAAGAGGGGACUGGAGAAACUCGGGAUUCUCAAGAGGAAACUUUUGGAUACCCAGCAGCAAGUCUUGACGGGCGAGCGACAUAUGCUCAGGAUGAUGGGGAAGUCCCGGGAGGAGAUUAUUAGGUAUCCCGAUUCCGAUUCUGGCGAUGAGAUGGACAGAUAUUCGGGGUCCCUCAUAAGUACGGAGCCCCAAUUGGGAAUCAGCAAGGGGACGGCGAGAGACGUCGGCGGCAUGGAGAUUGGUCACGACGACUCGGUUGUUGCUCUUUCUAGCCACCUUGAGAUGCUUAGGAGGGAGAUCUCGUUUCUGAUGAGAGAGGUCACGUCCAGGGGGUUGUUGCCUGCUGGAAAGAAGAAGGUUUCUCAAGAGCAGAUUUCCAACUUGUCCGCCCAGUUUAAGGAGAUGUGCACGCAACAAGUCAAGGAGGUGAAUUUGCCUUACCUAGGUUGCGAGACUGGGGAGGAGGUAAUGGAUUUUCUCUUGGUCGAGACGCAGCAGCUGCUCUUCCGCUUCACCUCUCUCGCAUCCACUCUAAAAACAUUCAGAGUCCCCAUCUCACCGGACAUGGUUGAAAGGCUGCGCCACAUAUCCACUGCGCUUGUGGACAUCUCGGAGCUUAUAAAGAGCCACAAAUGUGCUGCUCAAAAGGACGUUGAAGAUUGUUUGGACCGUGACGGCUGGGAGGCUACGUGGGGCAGCCGGACCGGAAGAAACGGUGGAUUUGAUGACAUAACAACAUUGAGUUCUAUGCACUUCACGGCCUCCACGCCCGAAAACUUCCGGUUCCCUUCCGUAGCUGGCCCUGCCUUGCUAGUAUACUCGAUCAAGCUGGUUGAUCUCAAUCCUAAUCUGAGCUGGCCUCUUGAUGUCUACGGCGUGGUCGCCGCACAGGACGAUCUUGACCACAACCGCAACAUUCUCUUCUGCCGUUCAGGGGAAAACUGCCAAAGAAUUAAGCAAGAGGACCCCUUUUUGCACUUGACUGGCCUGUCUCGUGCAAUUGUGGCUGACGAGCCUGUUUUCUUUCAAAUUGAACUAAAAUUGAAAUAUGGAGCACAGUUCAAAGAUAUAGCAUUGUUCACUGCCUACCAAAGGUACCGCCCCGUGAAGCAGUAUGACACCAUGCAUAUCAAUAGCUGCUGUUGUACAGCAGAGAUAAGUCUUGAGCGACUUUCUCCAUCAAUCCAGGCCACAAUUGUUGGUGUUCGUGUGGUUAAAGGGGAGCCUUUUAACUAUGGCUGCAAAGUUUCUCGCUCGUUUUCUCCUCUUGACGUAAUGGAGGGAUGCACCGAGGAAGUUGUCUUGCUUGACUGCAGUGGUGAAAGGAUGCAUGCUGGAUUAGAUGGGUCCUAG